AUGGACUGGCUACUGUUUCUCUUGCUUCCAGGAGUACUGAUUUUGUACAAGUCUCAUUCAAUGGGGGAACCCACUUUUUGUACUUCCUGUGAUGAAUACGUUGACAAAACCUGUACAAGAAACUUGGGGGUCUGUCAUGCCAGAUAUCCUGACUUUGCAUGCCAAACCAAAGAAGUAUAUAUUCAACUUAACACUGGAGAAUAUCUGUACAAAUAUUCUGUCUUGGGCUGUCCAAGAAGAUGUGCGGAGUAUGUACGCUUCAUCAAGUUUGAGAAAAACAUCUUCUCCUGCUGCAAUGAAAGCUACUGCAACAGUUUUUCAUCAAAAGAUACUCAGUUCAAAGAAAAUAAUUUUAUCUAA